AUGACUGAGGACAAGAAUUUGGAUGCACUGGUCAAAACACUGCCCUUGAUCAACGAGAUGUCAGAUGACGUGAGGCGGAAGCUGGUCUCCAACUCUUCUAUAAGAAUGUAUGACCCAAACUACACCAUCUACAAGCAGCCCGUUUCUCUGAUCGACAAGUGGCGUGAACGAAAGUUCAUCUUUGAAGACGGGUCGAUGCAUUACAUCACCGUCAAGAAGAUCGGAACUGGCGUAAGACUUGGGGAUCUUGGUGUGUCAAUUAUUGAUUCAGUAGCUUUUCCACAAUCACUCAAGAUUGAUUACUUAGAAAGAUCAGGAAAGAAGAAAAAAGUCAUUCUUUCAACGGAAAACCAGACUGAAUUGAUGGACUGGUAUGAAAUUCUGCAAGCUGCUUCAGUUGCAUACAAGUAUUCAGUCUGGAAACAUCAAGAAGUCCCGGUAGUAGAUGAGUUGGACGACCGACCUCCGGCCUUAUACCAAGUGGUCGUGGUAGGCGUUGCCAACAUGCAGAUGAUAGCAGAUGAAGACGAAGGUGGCGGAGUCGUCAAACUCAGUAUGGUAUGCGGAGAUCAUUUCGGAGAAAUCAAUCGGCUCGAGAGCUUGUUCAUCGGACAGCAUUACUCAUGGAGGAAAACUUUGAUUCUGCUGAGGGAAAGGCAGCAAGAGCAUUGGGCGAACACAAACCAGGAGAGGGAAUUUGGCUUGUACAAAAAGAGUCAUCAUUACAAGGAGUCCAUGAUUCAGAAAUCGAUGUGUCUGAGUGAACUGUUGCAAGGCGAUUUCAUCGGGGACGUGCAUUUUUUUGCAGGAGCAGAGCUGCAGAUGAUUUCAAUACGCGCCGCUAAGGAGCAGGAGCAGGCCAAAACAGACGAGCAGAAACUUGCCAUAGCAAGCCAUCCCGCUUCCAGCAAAGCACGUCCGCGACGAAGGGAAAGUUUGUUCACAACCGCCAAGAUCGAGAUUGUCGAAGGUGAACCAGCUCCUUUGAUGCGCUUGUUUGAAAGAUUGCAGCCGUCAACAAGAGCGAAAGGCAAUCUUUCAAGCUCGACUGAAAGCCCUUGUAGCACAAGGUCUCAGUCCUGUUUCAAUACCUACGUUACCUCCAGAUAUCCCUUCACCUGCUUGUGUGGUCCGUUGCACAAGAGGUACGGUAUUCGCACCGAGCCGUUGAUGGAAAAGAAGACGAAAUUCAUUUCAAGAUCACUCGACACGAUGCAAGACGGAGAUUGGUACGCUGAUAAGGAAGCCAGCAAUCCCUUCAGUAUUGCUGGCACCUUGUCGUCGGCGCAAUCAACGGAAGAAGCGGCGGACGAAACGCUGGCUGCAGGGCGAGCUAUGGCCUUGAAAGAAUUUGAAAAAGCUGCUAGAAAUAAAAGGUCAUGGAUUCGGCAUACUGAUGACGUGCAUAAACGUGUUCAGAUGAGGUCAGAUUUUCUUGCCAUGCGCCUGGACUGA